GUCGUGGCCGGCUGACCGGCGACCAGGAGUCCCUAAAGUUAUGGAACCGCGCUCUACUAGGAUAGGAGGUUGCCCAGCCAAUAAGGCUGCCGUGCCUCUGACUGUGAGGCUUUCCUAUUUAACUCUCCGGUAAUACUAGUUUGGAGGGCUUCCGGCCGGAGACCAUUAGCAAAGACACCCGGAAGGCGGAAGUCCCAGGGCGGAAGUGGCCGAGAGAAAAGGAGAAUGGCGGCCGAGGCCUGGCUUUGGCGCUGGGGCUGGGGCUGGGGUCAGCGGUGCCCAGGGAGGCCUGGGCUUCCUGGCCCCGGCCCAGGCCCCACUACACUUCUCCAUUUUCUUCUGUUGCUGGGGCCGGUGGCUGCGGAUAUAACCGACGGCAACAGUGAACACCUUAAGCGGGAGCACUCGCUCAUCAAGCCCUAUCAAGGGGUCGGUUCCAGUUCCAUGCCGCUCUGGGACUUCCAAGGCAGCACCAUGCUUACGAGCCAGUACGUGCGUCUGACCCCUGACGAGCGCAGCAAAGAGGGCUCGAUUUGGAACCACCAGCCAUGUUUCCUCAAGGACUGGGAAAUGCAUGUCCACUUCAAAGUCCAUGGCACAGGGAAGAAGAAUCUCCAUGGAGAUGGCAUCGCCUUGUGGUACACCCGGGACCGCCUUGUACCAGGCCCUGUGUUUGGGAGCAGAGACAACUUCCAUGGGUUAGCCAUCUUCCUGGACACGUAUCCCAAUGAUGGAACCACUGAGCGCGUGUUCCCGUACAUCUCUGUGAUGGUGAACAAUGGCUCUCUGUCAUACGAUCAUAGCAAAGAUGGACGCUGGACUGAGUUGGCAGGCUGCACAGCUGACUUCCGCAACCGGGACCAUGACACCUUCCUGGCUGUCCGCUAUUCCCGGGGUCGCCUCACGGUGAUGACUGACUUGGAGGACAAGAAUGAGUGGAAGAAUUGUAUCGAUAUUACGGGAGUGCGCCUGCCCACUGGUUACUACUUUGGAGCCUCUGCCGGUACUGGUGACCUAUCUGACAACCAUGACAUCAUCUCCAUCAAGCUGUUCCAGCUCAUGGUAGAGCGCACACCUGAGGAGGAAAGUAUCGACUGGACCAAGAUUGAACCCGGGGUCAGCUUCCUCAAGUCCCCUAAAGACAACGUGGACGACCCCACUGGAAAUUUCCGAAGUGGUCCCCUGACGGGGUGGAGAGUGUUCCUGCUGUUGCUGUGUGCCCUCCUGGGCAUCAUUGUCUGUGCUGUGGUGGGCGCCGUAGUCUUUCAGAAGCGCCAGGAACGGAACAAACGUUUCUACUGAGUGGCCAGUCUGACUGGAAGGGCCUGACCUUGGGCCAGGGCUCUUAUGAACUUUUUUUCUACUGGGAUUGUAAAAACAACCAAGCAACCAACCUUAUUUCUUAACUGUUUCAAAGAAAUAAUUAAAGUAUUUUCAUACAUUUUGCUUCUGGCCCAGCUGAAGACAGCUGGCAGGGCUCAGGGCUCAGCAUCCCUACAGCUGGAGGGUCUUGUGCCAUCCCAAGGCACGCUCUUGGGAGCGGGGAGUCUGUCCUGGGGCCUGGCGAGCCCUGUGGUGACUGUGAAACACAAGGUCCCAUGUAUUCGUGGUUGGCUCCUUAGGAGCCCAGGUGUGGUUUGUUCUGAGGCCUGUGGUAGCAAACAGGCUUUGGGAUUCUGGGCCUUCUUGCGUCCCUAUAACUUUUUACAAAGGCAAACCUCAGCCGAGGCUGGGGGACAGCUCGAUAAGGCCCAGGGUGUGACCAUUUCCUAAAUAAAGUAGCCAAUCUCAGCCUCA